CAGUGGCUGAGGGCAGCGGAGUCGCCAUGGUGUCGUUGCUGCCGCGCAUCGAGCAGCUCUCGUCUCGGGUGGUCAGGGUGCUGGGCUGCAACCCGGGGCCGAUGACUCUGCAGGGCACCAACACCUACUUGGUGGGCACCGGGAUCAGAAGGGUCCUUAUUGACACAGGGGAGCCGGCUACUCCUGAAUAUAUCAGCUGUUUAAAGCAGGCGCUGUCAGAGUUCAACAUCUCCAUUCAAGAAAUUGUAGUGACACACUGGCAUCAUGACCAUACUGGCGGAAUACCUGAUAUCUGCCAAAGUAUCCCUAACGAAUCUGAAUAUCGCAUCUGUAAGCUCCCUCGUGUCCCUCACUGUGAAGAAGAGAUAAAAGGAGGAUAUAAAUAUUUUUAUCUUAAAGAUGGAGAUGUGAUACAGACAGAGGGAGCCACACUCAGAGUUUUAUAUACGCCUGGACACACCGAUGAUCAUAUGGCUUUACACCUAGAAGAAGAAAACGCUGUAUUUUCUGGUGACUGUAUUUUAGGGGAAGGAACAACAGUAAUUGAAGACCUGAGUGAUUACAUGAAAACUUUGAAAAAGUUGUUGCAAAUGAAACUGAAUUUAAUAUAUCCAGGUCAUGGCCCAGUAGUACGUGAUGCAAGUCAUAGAAUCCAAAACUACAUUUCUCACCGAAUUGCACGUGAACAGCAGAUCCUAGAUGCUUUACAGAUGAAUGCUGGAAAAUCAUACACAUCCUCAGAGCUUGUAAAGAUAGUGUACAAGGAGAUCCCUGACAAUUUACUUAAAGCAGCAGAAGUUAAUCUCCUAGUCCACUUGAAGAAGCUGGAAAAAGAGGGAAAAGUGUUACAGGAGACGUAUCCCAACUUCAGAUGGAGAAACAAUUUAUAA